AUGCCAACCGAAAGUAAACCCGAAAGCGAUACAGCUUCGUACGUUACUGCCAAGAGCGAAGGAUCAUACGUCACAGCCAGCGAAUAUCCGAAAAUUGGAGGAGUGGAUGCUGGAGACACGAUCGAAGAGCCCCCUCUGGGACGCGGUGCGGAUCACCGCGGAUGUGAUUCGGAAACUAACACCUACAUUCUCCCUUCGGACCUGCAGUCACACGAGAGGAACACGGUAAUAGAAUAUAAGAGACAAAGAAAAGAUUUCAUGGAAGCCCGCGGAGCGUGGGCGGCCGACCCCAAUAAUCUUUCAAAGCGAUCAGCGUACAAUGUGGCUAGUGAAAGACUCAAAAAAACGUCGGACACACUGAUAUCCAUGGAAAUACUUCCUCCGCCAAGCAUUUACGCUAAUCGUACCAGCGCGAGACAGAAGGAACACCACGACGACUAG